AUGGAAAAAUCAUGCUCUUUGCUGGUACACUUUGACAAGGGUACACCGACACUUACCAAUGAGAUCAAGAAGGCACUUGAAGGGAACGAUGUUCCUGCUAAAAUUGAUGCCAUGAAAAACAUAAUUAUGCUUUUGCUGAAUGGUGAAACUCUACCUCAGCUCUUCGUCACCAGGCUUCUGGAUACUUUUUAUCAUAUCGGAGCAGCUAGAGCAAACUCCAUUACUGUUUCAUCUAAAAGGCCAGCUAUCCUUGCCGAUGGGACAUAUGCAACUCAAAGUGCUGCAUCUGAAACUACCUUCACCCCUCAAACUGUAGUUCAGGGAUAG